AUGGUUGGCCCUAAGAGUCAGAUCCCCGCCAUCUACGACCGGGCCAUCAACAAGUAUCGUGAAAUCACCGACGACUCUCUCGACAUGGAGUUCCUGGCAAAACUCCAAAACGUCGAUGAUCUCAUGAGUGAGAUCGAUGCCAGAAAUGCGAAAUUCAGCGAGUUUCGCGAGAAGCGCGGGGUGUUGUUUGAUGUUCUCAAGACGGCCUUGAUCCCCGUCGAACUGUUCGGGAAUCUGGCCGCUGGAGGCGCUUCGAUGGUCUUCCCCCCUAGCAGCUUGGUCUUUGGUGCCGUCACGUACUUGAUGAGUGCUGCAAAGGGGGUGUCGACCUCGUAUGAUGCCAUUCAGGAUCUGAUGGCGACGUUGAAGGUACAUCACCGUUACGAUGCUCGAGAGUCGAUGUGGGAAAUCAUUCUGAACAGUAUAGGACUUUACGAUCCGACUCAAGGCUUACAGUCAGGAGUUCAUCUCUGA